CAAGCUCAGAUGAUUUGCUGCGCGUCUGGCUUUCCACACACAUGGGCUGACCCCUACACACACAAAUACAUACACAUACGCACACACAUGCACACACGCACACGCUCAUGCAUACUCACAAACACUGUGUCAUGCGUCCUGAGAGCGACAGCAGGAACUCCGAUGGACCCCAUAAAACGCACGGCGGCAGCGGUGUAAGCGCCUUCUCCUAUUUUUUACACUUACACAUCCUCAGCUGCUGAAGAAAAGUUGCACUUUCAGUGCAGCGAAAUGGAUUUUCUAACAAGCGGCAACGACAGCAACGCCACCGGCGGUUAUCCAGAAGGAAUUGAAGUGGUCGCCGACUGGAUCGGGGGAAACAACGCCACGGGGUCUUGGUUUCCGCCCGAUCUCGUACUGGCUUAUCAGAUAAUCACCUCUCUGCUCCUAGGGGCCCUCAUCCUCUGCUCCAUAUUUGGUAACGCGUGCGUCGUGGCGGCCAUCGCUCUGGAGCGAUCUCUCCAGAAUGUGGCAAAUUACCUGAUUGGAUCUUUGGCUGUUACAGACUUGAUGGUAUCGGUCUUAGUUCUACCCAUGGCCGCCCUCUAUCAGGUUCUAAAUAAGUGGACUUUAGGGCAGGAGAUAUGUGACUUAUUCAUUUCUUUGGAUGUGUUGUGCUGCACAUCUUCCAUCCUGCAUCUGUGCGCAAUCGCGUUGGACAGGUAUUGGGCCAUAACAGACCCUAUUGAUUAUGUGAAUAAACGGACACCAAAGCGAGCUGCGCUCCUGAUUUCCGCGACCUGGCUGAUCGGGUUUUCUAUCUCCAUCCCACCUAUGUUGGGAUGGAGGAGCGCGGAGGACAGGGCGAACCCAAACGCGUGUAUGAUCAGCCAGGACCCGGGCUACACCAUCUACUCCACCUUCGGGGCUUUUUAUAUACCCCUCAUUCUUAUGCUGGUCUUAUAUGGCCGAAUAUUCAGGGCUGCUCGCUUUCGGAUUCGUAAGACAGUUAAGAAAACCGAGACAGCAAAAGUUUCAGACAAGUGUCUGGCCGUGUCUCCAGCAAUAUUCCACAAGAAAAGUCAUGGGGAGACGCGCAACAAAGGCUGGAAGCGCUGCGACGAGUCCAAAUGCAGCUCUCCAUGCGUAAAUGGCGCGGUGAAGCACGGAGACGAGGGUGAGUCGCUGGAGAUUAUAGAAGUUAUCAGCAACUCCAAGACGCACCUGCCUCUGCCCAACACCCCUCAGUCCUCCUCUCAUGGAUAUGAGAACAUGAACGAGAGGAACUCGGGAGCAAAGCGGAAGCUUGCGCUCUCCAGGGAGCGCAAAACAGUGAAGACGCUGGGGAUCAUUAUGGGGACGUUCAUUGUGUGCUGGCUGCCGUUUUUCAUCGUUGCGCUGGUCCUGCCUUUCUGUGCAGAGAGCUGCUACAUGCCCGACUGGCUCGGUGCCGUGAUCAACUGGCUGGGCUACUCUAACUCCCUCCUAAACCCAAUUAUAUAUGCUUACUUUAACAAAGACUUCCAAAAUGCAUUCAAGAAGAUCAUAAAGUGCAAAUUCCAUAGACCAUGAGUGCACAGAUGCUGGUUCUACUUCUAUGUAAUUUGGUGCAGCACAAAAAAAAACGUAUAAAACUGUAAUGAGCAUCAAAAACAAACCAACAGAUUUUUUUUAUACAGGUAAAGAAUGUUUAAGGAGGAUGAUGUAUAAAUAAAGCAGAUCACUAUGCUGAAAUAUUCCUUCUCAAUGUACAAGCUCAUGUCUCUUCAGUGUUGUAGUUAUGUAGCCCCCAGAAUAGGAAGACAACCAUUGCUGUAUUGUCAUGCAGGACAUGUCUAUUGCUAAUUCCAUGCAUUUUUAUCAUGAGGCACAAGGGGCUUCUUACCCCAAGUAACAUACUUUGUAGCAUUUAAAACAAAUAAAAGCAAUCAGUUUGUCAUCAAGAAUUCUUGAGUCAAUUUAUGUCCAGUGGUGCCAUUAAGGUGAGUAGUGGUGUAGGAGCAAAAAGGUGACAGAAGAAAAGUAGCGAUUCCCACAAGUUUGCUGUAACACCCCUCUCAAAAUGUUCACAAAAUAUCUAUGGAUAUGACUUUAAAACAUAAUAAAGUAUUUCAA